AUGGAUGAGCAGCGGCUCUACUCCGAGCUCCUCUCGAGUAGACGUGUCAGCCAAGACAGCUCCAUAACAUCCAGAGACCAGAGAUACACAGAUCUCUGCUUCCUCAAUGGAAGACAUGUCGGUGGGGUUAAGGAGAUCCUCAAAGUAUUCCUGCCACUGUCCGACCACAUCCCUAGUCGAGGUGAACAGCUCCACACUUCCGCUGCAAACAGUGUCGAUGUGGAGCUGCUUUCCCCUCCUGAGGUGCCGGACAGUCUGAGUUUUUGCUUCUGCAACCGCCCGGGCUGCAGCAAGCUUGGCCCGUCGAUACCCAUCAGCUGCCUCGGGAGUCCUUCCAGCCAACCAAGCCCUGUAGGACUCCUCCUUCAGCUUGAUGGCAUCCCUUACUUCCGGUGUCCACCACCGGGUUCGUGGAUUGCCACCCUGACAGGCACCAAAGACCUUACCACAGAUCACUCAGUCUCCAUGUCUCCAGCCUCCCUCGGGAUCUGGUCAAAGCUCUUCCGGAGGUUCGGAGUGUUUGAGAUCCUCAGUAACCAGAUGAAAGAUGAGUCUGGAAAACUGGACAGCACUCGAGGUCUGCUGUGUGGUUUGGGUGCAGGAGUGAUGGAGGCCGUGCUGGUUGUCUGUCCCAUGGAGACUGUAAAGGUGAAAUUCAUCCAUGAUCAAACUUCAGCAAACCCCAAAUACCGAGGGUUUUUCCACGGCGUGCGAGAAAUCAUCCGAACUCAAGGAAUCAGAGGGACGUAUCAAGGUCUGACCGCAACCGUCCUGAAGCAGGGAUCUAAUCAGGCCAUACGUUUUUUCGUCAUGACCUCGCUCAGAAACUGGUAUAAAGGCGAUAACCCUAAUAAAUCCAUCAACCCCGUGAUCACAGGAACAUUCGGUGCCAUUGCUGGAGCGGCAAGUGUGUUUGGAAACACACCACUGGACGUCAUCAAGACCAGAAUGCAGGGUUUGGAAGCGCACAAGUAUAAAAACACCAUGGAUUGUGCCAUGAAAAUCAUGCGGCAUGAGGGACCAGCAGCGUUUUAUAAAGGCACCGUUCCGCGUUUGGGUCGAGUGUGUCUGGAUGUGGCCAUCGUCUUCAUCAUCUAUGAGGAGGUGGUGAAGAUACUUAACAAAGCCUGGAAGACAGACUGA